AUGGCCAUGGCGGAGCCAUGCUAUCCCGUGCUCCCGGACCAUGUCAUCGAGGACAUCUUGGCGCGGCUGCCGGCCAAGACGGUGCUCCGGUGCCGCUGCCUCUCUCGCGCCUGGGCGGCCACGCUCUCUACGGACGACUUCGCCGACCGCCACCUCCGUCUCGCCAACCGUCACGGCAGCCCCAGGAUUCUCAUCAUGCAGGCCGCGCUGUCUCGCGAGUCACUCCCGAAGAUCCACGCGUGGUCGCCGGAACACCCUGCCUGCACGACGCUCAUGGAGUUCCACGGCGCGGUCACACGGUGUAACCGCGGUCCGCUGUGGCCUCUCGUCAGACGCAACGGCCGGAACACCGACGCGGACAAUGUCGUUCCACUUGUCGUCACCAUGCAGUGUCGCGGCCUGGUCAUCGUCGAGGCCAUCGGUGCAGGGUUACACUUCGUGUUCAACCCAUCCACGGGCCAGAUGGCGGCCCUCCCAGAGGGCCGGCACAUAGGCUUCCCCAUACCUGACCGUAGGUAUGCGAGUCUAGGGAUCGGCUACGACACGAUCAGUAAGAAACACAAAGUUGUACGUGUCUACUACCGCGGAUCCGACGUGGAUAACCUCCCGGCAUCUGGCGCUGGAUGCGAGGUCUACGUGGUAAACUCCGGGGGGCUUUGGAGGCCGGCGAACGGCGGCGCCCGGGAGAGACCGCCGGGCUGGGUAAAGCAAGAUGGCAAGAGCGUAUUUGCACAAGGUCAUGUGCAUUGGUUGGCCAGGAGCAAGCUCAACCCCCCUAAUAAGCGGGAAACUUGGGCUUUCAUCGCCACUUUCUCUCUCAGCGACGAGACUUUUGGGACCGUGCAGUUCCCACUCAACGAGCAUUGCAAUAGCGUACUUGGGCACUACUUGACGGAGAUGGGCGGGCGCCUAUGCCUCAUUAGCUGGGUACUCAAGAAGGUCGAAUGGUCACGGCCGCAUCUCUACUACAUCUGGCUACUAAGGAGACAUGAAACUAGCACCUGGGAUCUGCACUGCAUAAUCGACCUGGACACGUCGUCGCCGGAGGUACUUAGGUUCAUGCACGCCCGUCAAUUCGUCAGCCCACUCGCCAUGAUCGACAACGGUCGUCGCGUCGUCCUCGUACAUGUACAACCACGCCACCUCCAAUUCGACAGCGCAGCAGAUUUCGAAUUGUGCGCGUACAACCCUGAAACCGGCGAUAUGGAGAAUCUCCUGGACCAAAGUGGCUUGCUCUCUAAUCAAGGCAUGGUCAUAGGGCAGCCCACAUUCUACGAGGAAAGCAUCGCCUAUCCCGGGCAGCCGCACGAGGACAUAAUCUUCGCCAUGUCACUGGUGCUACGACAGAUGUCGAAGCGCACUCUUACAAGGCUCAGGUUUGUUUGCCGGAGCUGGCGCGCAAUGAUCGAGAGCAGCGACUUUCUCGAGAAACGACGUAGGGUGCUCAUGCGUAGUAUGUGCAGAUUUUGA